GCUCCCUGCGCCCUAUAUAUUACACAGCUCUUUCUGGGCACUUCCAACACGCUCUCAACCCCUAUACACCUGUCCGUUCACCUCUUUCUGCUAAACACAUCACAAUGGCUGGUCGCGGCAAGGGCAAGACCUCUGGCAAGAAGGCCGUGAGCCGCAGCGCCAAGGCCGGCCUGCAGUUCCCUGUGGGCCGCAUUGCGCGCUACCUGAAGAAGGGCAAGUACGCCGAGCGCAUUGGUGCCGGCGCGCCCGUGUACCUGGCUGCCGUGCUGGAGUACCUGACCGCUGAGGUGCUGGAGCUGGCUGGCAACGCUGCCCGCGACAACAAGAAGAACCGCAUCGUGCCCCGCCACAUCCAGCUGGCCAUCCGUAACGAUGAGGAGCUGGGCAAGCUGCUGGGCGAGGUGACCAUCGCCUCGGGCGGUGUGCUGCCCAACAUCCACGCCGUGCUGCUGCCCAAGAAGACCAAGGGCGGCAAGGGCAGCGAGGAGGCCGCCUAAAGGGCUCCUGCUCUAUUGUAUACCUCAAAACUACA